AGAGCAUCAGCAUCCUCCUCUGUCACGGACGCGCACACAGCAGUUCAACAUUUGAGAAUACAGCUUAGCUUUCUGCACACACAUCCCUUCUAAAGAUACAUCAUAACAUCACAUAAUUGCAUUUAUCGCCAUUAUUUCUCCACUGGACCUUGAUGAAUUUGCCUCAACAAUCGCCGUAGCGGUCCAUCAGAUCGUUAUUGCUCUUAUUGCCUUCCUUCCCGCAUCCAAAGACUGAUCUGCGCUACAAGAUGGCUGAGUUGAAUUUGGGGAAAGGGUUGACCGCAGGAAAAGUGGCCAGCAACGUUCAGAAAAAAUUAACGAGAGCCCAAGAAAAGGUUCUUCAGAAGCUUGGCAAAGCCGAUGAGACCAAAGAUGUUGCUUUUGAGGAGGGAGUGAUCAACUUCAACAAACAAUAUACUGAAGGCAGCAAACUGCAAAGGGACCUUCGGGCAUACCUGGAGGCAGUAAAAGCCAUGCACGAGUCCUCCAAAAAUGUGCAGGCGUGUUUGGCUGACAUGUAUGAGCCAGAGUGGUACGGCAAAAACGAAGUGGAUUCGAUUGUGGAGGACUGCGAUGUGCUGUGGACUGACUACCACCAAAAGUUGGUCGAUCAUGCUCUCAUCUCCAUGGAUACUUACCUGGGCCAGUUCCCUGAUAUCAAGGCACGUAUUGCUAAGAGGGACAGGAAGCUGGUCGAUUAUGACAGUGCCAGGCACAACUAUGCUACCACACACAAGACCAAGAAAAAGGACGGGGGCAUUAAAAUUACCAAGCCCUCCUCUUUGUUGGAGAGGGCCACUCCAGGUUGGGCUCAGGGUAUCUUGUCUGCACACAAUGUUGCCCAGAGCAGUCUGUCCAGGAGCCAGGCUGAGGAAGAGUUGGAGAGAGCCCAGAAGGUGUUUGAGGAGAUUAAUAUUGACUUGCAAGAGGAGUUGCCUUCCCUUUGGAACAGUCGUGUUGGAUUUUAUGUCAGCACCUUCCAGAGUUUGGCUGGUUUUGAGGAGAAGUUUCACAAGGAAAUUGGCCGGUUGGAUCAGGAUUUGUAUGACACCUUGGAAAAAUUGGAAAGAACAGACAUCCACCAAGCAAGCAGAAAGACAGGUACCAGUGGCGCCUCAUCGUCAGGAACAAAUAGGAGUGCGGUUGGAAAAGAAGCAUCUAACCACACUCUCAGGCCAGGAGGACCACCGCCAAUCCCUAAAUCUCCAUCCAAGCUAAGGCCUGCAGUGCCUCCUCCACCCAAGGUGACCCCAUCUAAGGAGUUGAAAACAGAGAACAUCGUCAGCCUGUUUGAUGCUGCAGCUACUCCUGAUAUCAGCGUCACCUCCCCUACAGAGACGGAAAACUGGGACUCAUGGCAUGAGGACAUUGGUGCCCAGGAAGAGCACACCAAGCAGCACUAUGACCCUUUGGCUGCUGCUGCAGAUGCCUGGGGGGAUGAUGGUACACAGCCUAUCCGCUAUGACCCCAUAGCAGCCGCCGCAGAGGGCUGGGGGGAUGACGGAACCCGACCAGUUCGCUAUGACCCUGUGGCUCUGGCUCAGCAGGCAGAGGGGGAUGAUGAGAGCCAGCAGGCUCAUUACGAUCCCGUGGCUGAAGCCCAGGAGGACUGGGGGGAUGAGGGGGGCCAGCCGGUCACAGAAGUGCCUGCCCCAGAGGAUGAAACACCUGCAGCUGAGACUCCAACUGAUGUCGCUGAGGAAGAAGCCACACCAGCUGCUGCUACGUUGGAUGAUGAAGAGGGUCAGGGUGAAUCUGCAGCAGCAGCAGCACCAGAGGAGGAAGCACCGACAGAGGAGACACCUGAAGUAGCAGCAGAAUCAACAGAAGUAGCAUCAGAGUCUGAAGAAAUGCCUCCUGGCUUCUUGUUUAAGCUCCAGGUGAUGCAUGAUUAUGCUGCCAAUGAUACAGACGAACUGGAGAUGAAGACUGGUGAUGUGGUGCUGGUAAUCCCCUUUGACAACCCUGAAGAACAGGAUGAUGGCUGGCUGAUGGGAAUGAAGCAGGACGACUGGCGGCAGAACAAAGGAAAUGCCCUUAAAGGAGUAUUCCCUGAAAAUUUUACCCAGAGGCUGUGAAAGAGGAGGACAGAACGUCAUUCCAGCUUCCUUCUUCAUGUCUCUCUUCCUCUUGCCUCAAUCCUUCUUUUCCUCUCUUUCCCUGAUACUGUAUCUUUACUAGGACUUUGGCCAUAGAAGCAGAGCUGUCACAGCCGUGGUUGAAAUCCUGCGUUUCUAAGGUCUGCUACACUGUGCUAAAAGUGGAUCUUUGCAUUUCUUUGGAUUUCUGCCAACAUUUACAGUUACAGAUGUAGCCAUUUUACAGGUCCCACUCUUUGUAGUCUUGCUGCACUAUUGUUGCUACUCCAUAUCGGAGGAAUUGAUUAGAGAAUCCUGAUCAUACAGGAUCGAUGCAGGGAUGGGUGCCUCUGCAAUGGCUACUGCUGCAAUUGCAUUAUGUUUUAUUCUUAGCCAUGUGUCAUCAUAAACUCUCCAAGGCAUAUUCCACCACCAUAACAGAGAAAAUGUAUUUUGAGAUGUGCUUUUGUUCAUCUGAUAAUGAGAGAUUGAGAACAGUAUAAAAUUAUUAAGACAAUGCCAA